CAUGCUGCUCAAGUGGAAAUUCCGACCUCUAGCUGAAGGUGAUGAAAUGCCAAGCCAGACAAAAUUAUAGAUGAUCAUAUUUCUACUACCAGUUUGUUAGGAAUCUUUGACAGUACUUUUCCCAUAGGCUUUCACAUAUAAAGGAAGGAGUUAAAGCAGUCUUAUAACUGGAACUCAGCCAGAAUGGAUCCCAAAAGUAAGUGUGAGAUCAGCCCGGAAUCAGAACCCCCGGCCUACAAAUUUAUACCCAGAGUUCCCAAGGACAGGACUCAAAUGAUCCUCAUCUCUAUUGUUCUGGUACUUCUGAUGACUAUCAUUAUCGGAGCUAUUCUCAUCGGCGUCCACAUUACUCAGGAACACACGGAAAAGAUCAUUAAAACCACUACUAAAGGAGCAAAUGGUGAAACGGUGAAGCAAACUGUGAUGGUGGACACCCAGGAAAAUGUGGCUGUAUUUUACAUCCACAGCAACACCACCUCAGCCACUGUUGUCUAUGACUAUCAGCAAAGUUUGAUUGCCUUCCGAAUUCACAGCAAAAAACAAUGCUCAGUGGUGGUGAUGGAUUUGGUUGAUGUGCCCAGUCUACAUGAGAUCACCGAGCUGGUUGACCACUCGGGCAAACAGGUCUCGGGAGAGGACAGCUUGGUUUACACCUUCAAGCAGCAAGGAAUGGCUGACCGGAACGCUCUUGGGACCACCAUUAAUGUUCUCUGUAGUGAUGUCCCUGUUUAUUGGGCCGAGAAAAAUCACAAGAAGCCACGGAGAAGAUCAGCCCCUUGCCCGGGCCUUUUGAUUUUUAGACUCUGCUUUGCAUUUCUUUAAACCCAUCCAUAUGUCUAUGUGUGCUUGACAGAUUACCUCUCGUGUUCACAUCUGAUGCUGAAGCCUGUAUUCCUAUUCGCUAUUUCCUAUUGGAUUUAAUCAGGAAGAACUCCAUUGCUUUUAACACUGUGUCAUUGGCUCAUAAUAGUAAUUG